GUUAAUUUAGAAAUGGAAGAAAGUGAUGAGCUUUUCGGUGUAAUAAUAUAUGAAUGUCAGUAUUGCAAUUAUAAAAACUCAUUAAAGAAAGAAUUAAAAAAACAUAUGAAAUUACAUCCUGAAAGUAAAGGAUACAAAUGCACGGUUUGUUCUCGCGAAUUUCAAAGGCUGGAAGCUUUUCAAUGCCACAGCCAGUCUAUUUGUAAAUUGCAAAAACGUAAAAGUUCCAAGCAUGAUAAAUCUAUAAAUUCUAUAGAACAACUUACCAAUCAUGAAGUCAUACAUAAAACAAUUCUAAAUGGUUAUAAAUAUAGCAAGUGUGAUGACAAAAAAUUUCGCAAAAUAAAAAGAUUAGUAUCUUCUCUUCAAAAGCAAAAGAAAAAUAAAUUAAUGUAA